CCAGGACCAACGCUGGGUGAUCUCCCCCCGAGACUCGUUGGCACAGGCCCAAAGUGGUGUUAUGCUGGGAUGCGCCUUCCAGUAUGUGGAUGACGUGUGGAACGAACUGACCAAUGACGAGUGGCAAAAGGCUCCACAAGUCCGAGUCACACCUUUGGUGGAGCAGGCUCCAGCACGAUCUCCUGCAAUGGCAGGUGCUCAGCCCCUACCAUCACGAUCAAGGCCUCCGCCCGAAAGGGCCAGUGUGGCUUUGCCAGCGGCAGAUGUGAUGCCAUACGCGGCUCCAGCAGUGGCAAAGGCACAGAAACAGGCUUUUGCUGUGGAUACCGUCCAUAUCCGAGGUGGCUUUUUGAACCCCAAGCUCAACGCGGUGUACCACAUGGAUUCCUCCGUGCAAGUGGGCUCUCGAGCGACUUACUGGGAUGAGCAGCGUCGAUUCUUCAUGUACUACCAGGCUGCGAUGAAGAGAUGGGCCAUCAGUAUCCGCAUCCAUGAUGCCAAGACAGGCGAAGAUAUGUUGGAUCAUGCCAGAAGAGGUGGCUUGUGUGGUUUUGCCUUCGAGGUGGACAAGCUAACGAACCAGUGGAAAGAGUUCUACGAAGGAAGAUGGGUGACUGUGCAGAUUGACAUCCACAAACUUUGCACAGGGAAACGAGCUCCGCCAGUCGCAGCAAGGACCACUGCCUCCCAUGACUUGCCACCUGAAACCCCUCUUCCCAUGGCAGUGAAGCCGGAGCCACCAUCACUCCCACCUCAACCCCCCCAACCCCCCCACCCACCCCAGCCACCCCAGCCACCCCAGCUAUCCCAGCCACCCAACCCACCCCAACCUAUCCAGUCGACCAGCCGUGCACCGGCCGCUGCGGCGCCUGCAGUGGCCCCAGUCUCGGCACCGUCGGCUCCGUCGGCACCGUCGACUGUGGCCCCCUCUCCAGUUGCGCCAAAGACAUCGUCUGAAAAACAGAUGGCCGCGCCGCUGGAACAGGAGGCGCAAGCAGAAGACUCUGCACCCAAGGGUGAAGUUGCAAAGGCCAAAGAAGCCGAGGCCAAGAGUUCAAAGGAGAUACCAUCGGAAGACGAGUCGCAUGAGGAGAAGCGGAAGAAACGGAAAAAGGAGAAGGAUGCGAAGAAUGCUGACGAGAAAGAAAACCACAAAGCCGACAAGAAAGCCAAAAAGCUGGAAAAGGAGGAACGUGCGCGGAGGAAGGAGAAUAAGAUGAGGGAGAAGAUUCGUCAGGAGAUGCUGGCUGCGCGGGCCAAUAAGCCUUCCAACACCAAGGGUCCGACCCUGAAGGCUUCGCCCAAGAAAGCCUCACGCAAGGUCAGGGAUUCGCUGAAAUCCAAGGAGGAGCGGAAGGAGGCCAAGCGAAGAGAGAAGAGUGAGCGAAGCUCCGCCCCGUCCCCCUCGGAGCCGGCCUCGCCGGGCGGGCCGUCCAGGCGGCGGCGUUGGCACGCUGCCAUAGCCAAGCCUUGGCCCAGCCUCUGGUCUGAGGAUGACGCAGCGACUGCAGUGACCAGUCAGCCGCCUGAAGGUGCCACGGUGCCGCAACCAUCUCAGGCAUAGUCAGCUAUGGGGCAUGCUGCGGGUGUUUGUGCAGCCAAAAAAA